AUGCGGGAACCUACUCUUAAACAUUUCAUUCUGCAACAAAGGGUCCUGGAGCUAUACCGCCAGGCUGUACGGGCCACACGAUCAAUACCGGAUCCCGCAGCUCGACGCGAAACAAUCGUAUGGAUUCGGAGUGAGUUCGAGAGAAAUAGACACUUGCAUGAUGUUACUGCGAUCGAGGACAAGAUAGCAGCAGGUAGACGUGAGCUCAAACAGAUUCUCCCUGUUGUAGCGCUACCGUAGCGCCACCGACAUCUGGAGCAUGAAAACAAAUCACACACGUAUUGUUACGUGUUUACGAUAAUAUACUGUUAGUAUCCUAGCAUAUCCUCCACAUCAACAUGAACACCGUCUUUUCGACAUCCU